AUGAUUUCACCUUCCAAAUCGCCUAAACGUAAAACAUCAGACGGAUCCCAAACUCCAAAGCCGUCAGCUAUGUUUUCGUCUGGGCCUGUCCUUCAACAACCCAAUGACAACCUGCGCCAAUCGCCCCAUGACCGGGUCUCACCUACUCGAAGCUCGUCUCCCAUAUCACCUCCAUCACGUUCUUCCUCGCCUACAAAACGCGUACGCUUGACGCGGCCAGCAGUCGUCAGCAACAAUAAUAACAAUAAUAACAAUAAUAACAAUAAUAACAAUAAUAACAAUAAUAACAAUAAUAACAAUAAUAACAAUAAUAACAAUAAUAACAAUAAUAACAAUAAUAACAAUAAUAACAAUAAUAACAAUAAUAACAAUAAUAACAAUAAUAACAAUAAUAACAGUAAUAACAGUAAUAACACUUCACUUCAAGCACCAAUUCUUGCAUUCCAAGUCCCGGAACCCGCUGGGACGGAAUUGCCUGCACCUGAAUUGCCUGUGCGAUGCUCAUCUGUGCCACCAAGCUUGCUUACUCCGCCUCCUCGACCGAUUUUACGCGAGGAAAUUACAGCAGACAUUGCUCAUUCGAGCCCGGGAAGUCCCACCAGUCCAAGAUCACCUUUGAGUCCUAUAAGUCCUGCGCAGAGGAAUUUGAGUGGUAACACAUAUCCGCAUAUUUGUGUCCAUGACCCGCUCGCAGAGAAUGCAAUGUCGCGCGGAUCAUGCCCACAUUUGUACCGGUCACUAUUUUCAGACCCUCCUGAGAAUGAUGAGAAAACGCCCAAACAACAGCAACGAAAAAUUUUGAAGCAGCAAAAACAGCACAGCGUAUUGUAUUCUAACCGUAACUUGAGUACUUCGACGCUGAUGACUCGCAGUAUUCACGAAACAUCACGGCUAGCGCCGUUUGAGGAAAAGUGUUUUGGAAAGCCCCAGGUGUUGUCGCCGGCGACUUCACCUGAGGUCUCUUCUAGCACGCCCGAAAUCUCGAGCGGUGAGGAGCAACCUUCUGAGUCUGCCACUACUCAAUCUACAAGUUUGUCUUCAGACGCGACGCCGCUGGCCUCGGCAACAACAGCAACAACAGAGGAUGACGACCACAACAACAAUAACAAUAACAAUAGCAAUAGCAGCAAUGUUUUUUUUGAAGACAAUUCCCGCAGUAAGGAAAAGCAAAACGAAGAUUUGAUUGAUAAUUUUGGUGAGCGAUCAAGAGUGGAGAUGGCUUUAUCGUCGUUUGACAUUUUUGUUGACGAACCAGAACGAGAUGAGGUCAAAAAGUCUGGAAGGGUCACUGGAAUGGUACCGCGUCGGCCUUUUGAUGAGCUACCUAUUGAUAAGUUCCCCGGAUACAUUACUACACGCGGAUUUGCUUCAGGAAAUGAAGAAGCGAGAAAUAUUUUACGGGACGAAAAUGUAACGCUGCGGCUUGCUGGAGAUUGGCCAUCUUCACGGACAACUACAACUACAACGACACCCGCAUCGCCUUUACCACGAGCAGAAACAACAGGACUUGGAUCCUUCCGAUCUGUUUCAGUCCCCGUAUAUGUGACUCCACCUCGGAGCCGGUAUGGUCGCAAGGGGGAUUUGGACUUUGUGAUUUUUGAAGAUGAAGACAAUAAACCAACUCAACAGGGUUUAAGACUAGACAGAACUUUGCAAGGUAAUAGGGCAGCGGGUCUUUCCAGCAAUAACCAUGACAGUGAUGACGACGAUUACAAAGAAAAUAGCGUAUUUUAG